CUGAAGUCUCUGACACAUGCUAUACCUUCGUAUGUUCUGGUUUUCAUCUUUGUUUUCCUGCUGUGGCUUGUGUUUGCCAUUUUGGGAUCUGCAAUGUUUAUGAACAAGAUGCAUCAAUGUGUGGAUACUGAUGACAACAUCCUUGGUAUUUACUCGGAGCAGUUAUGCCGUCUUCAUAAUGGAACAUUUAAAAAUUCACGAGUCAAUUUUAAUUCUAUAGGAAAUGCAUAUAUUGCACUUCUACAAGUGGCAACAUUGCAAAACUGGAUAAAUUUAGUCACUGAUAUAAUGGAUAACAGCAAUGAAGCAACUAAAAUUAAAAAUGAAGUAUAUACUGCAACCUUUUUCCCAAUAUUCAUCAUGUUCAGCACCUUUCUCACACUUAAUUUUUUUGUUGGCAUAACUUGCUGUUAUUUCAAUGAGCAAAAAAGAGAUAUUGAAAAAAGUCCAAAUCCUAAAACAAAAAAACUUUAUAAAGCAGCAAUUAAAAAAAUGGAAAAAACAAAGUUAAGAAAGGCUGUUCCACCUCCUAAGGUGCAUUUCCAGGCAUUCCUUUAUCGGAUGGUAAUGAGUGAUAAUUUUGAGAUUGCUGGCUUUGUAUUUAUUGGGCUACAUAUGUUGCUUAUUGCUUUGGAUAUGUAUGAUCCUGAUCCAUCUGAAAUGUUUGCUCUAGCUAUGACGGAACUUAACAUUUUUUUCAUUGUGAUAUUUUCCAUAGAAUGUUUAUUGAAACUUUUUGCUUUCCGUCAUUACUUUUUUUUAAGUGUGUGGAAUCAUUUUGAUGUGAUUGUACUUGCACUUUGUAUUUCAGGAGCAUUAUUUGAAGAACUUUUCCCUUCUCCUAUGUUACCCGCAAUGCUGCGUUUGAUAAGAUUCAUAAAAUGUCGAAGAUAUCUGAGAAGAUAUGCAAGAGGAAUGCUUCCACUAAUGUUCAGCUUAUAUUCAUCCAUUCCAGCAUUUCUGACUGUAGUAAUUAUACAGUUUAUUGCUAUGUUUAUUUUUGCUAUUUUUGGUGUAUAUUUAUUUCACAAUAUAAAGCAGUUGUGGGACAUUAGUGGUGAACUUAGCUUUGGAACAUUCCCAAAAGCUAUGCUUUUGCUUUUCCAGCUUUCUACUUUAGCAGGUUGGAUUGAUGUUUUGCAGUGUUUAUGUGAAUCUGGAAAAAAUUCAACAUCCGCAAUCAUUUUUAUAGUCUCUUACAUAAUUAUUGUAUAUUACAUAAUUAUAAAAACACAUUUAAUUAUAAUACUAGAUAGUUUUGAUACAGCUAUGUAUGAAUAUGAAAAUAUACUGUUAUGUGAAGAUUAUGAAAUGUUUGCAGAAGUGUGGCAAAAAUUUGAUAUGAAUGCUCGAGGCAUCAUCAAGUUUGGCCAUUUGCCAGAUCUGUUAGAUGCUUUAGAAGAGCCUCUGCAUUUUGGAAAACCAAACCGUUUUCUUAUUGCAACACUCAACAUUCCAAUAUAUGAGGGAGAUUUAGUGUUUUAUGCUGAUGUUAUGGAUGCUUUGACACGUGAUUUUAUGAGUCACAAGGCCCAUCUGCUUGAGGUAGCUGAUAGUAUUCCUGGACUUCUUGAUAAUAAGGGUAAAACACUUAAGAAAAUAGGUAGUUCUUUGUGGAGACAAAGGCAAAAUCACUGCGCUUUUGUGAUUCAAAAAGCAUGGAGACAGUAUACUGGAAAACUGGUCCAGUCACCAGUAUUUUAUAGUGAAGUGAGAUUAGCUUCUCAAGGAGAUAAAGUGGAUACUGUUUUGACAGCUGAAAUACGUUCCAAUAGCAGUCAUGCCUCUGUGUAAGUAAUUCAAGACACAUGAACUGUGACCACAUUAAUUGAAUGCUCUAAGCCACAAAGCUCAGAAAAUGUGCUUCCAUUUGGAUAAUAGGACUCUUGAAUGAAUAAUCUUUUAAAGAAAGUGAAAUGCUUCAUUACAUAAAUAUUGCUCAGUUAACAAAUACGUUAAUUAAAAAUAAAACUUAGAUUGAAAUUACCAUUUUAUAAAGAAAUGAGUUUUUAAAUAUAUUAAAAAAAUAAUUUUUGCAGCAAUUCUUAAUGAUAAAAAAUUGAUACAAAUGCUUUCAUUGUUUAAGUUUAAUAAUAUUUAGAAUAAUUAUGCAAAAUAUGUGUAAUGUUUUGUCUCAUCAAAACACUGUUUUCAGAGCCAAAUAUUUAAGUAAUAUAUACCACAGUGUUUAUAUUUUAAUGGCUUUUCUUGUUAUUUAAUAUUUAAUGAUUAUUUAAAAUUUAAAAACUGGAAAGCAAUAAUGAAUUACAUCAGAGUUUCAUUUGAACAACUGAUUCUUUUAUAUUUAUAAUUUUAUAUGGAAAGUGACACUGAAUCAGAAGAAAUUAGAAGGAGUAUACUGAUGAAUCUUGUAUAUCAGUGUAUCUUUAUAAUCAAUAACUACUCAUAAAUAAUGAACUGAACUGUUUAAAAAGAAACUAAAUACUAGCAUUUUGUGCAUAAUAUCUUAUACACAAAAUGCUAGUAAAAAUAUAUUCAUAGCUUCUAAUUAUAGAAUUUUAUAGCACAAUUUUUUCCAAAUAUUUUAAUGUUUGUUAGAAUUUUUCAUCUUACUAUGCACGCAUGAAAAUACAUUUUGUUGAACUUUUAGAAAACUUAUUCAUAUUCUGAACAUGGACUGUUGCCUCUUAUGAUGUCAUUGCGAUGAUCAUUUAAAAAUAGUUGUAGUUGAUGUUCAUGUAAUGAUCCUUUCACAUAUCAGAAAAGUUUAUCGUCUUAUAGAUCAAUAGACUGACCGAGCUCUUGAAACAUGGAGAACAAAUAAAUAAAUUUCUCAAAAUUGGAAAUUUUAUAAAGUUCAACAUUAAUUACAGAAACAUUGAUUUACAAAAAAAUAUAAAAACUCUCAUGCUUUAUCUUUGUAAUAAGGUUUUUCUUAAAUAUAAUAUUUUUGGCAUUACUAUCUUUUAGUCUUCCCCACAGAAAAUUUACGUUAUAAUCAAAUUUACAUUUUAUGCAGUUAAUUGUACAAUAUUUCCAUAUGAUAAUAGAUAAAAAUUUGCUGUGUUGGCAUAAUUUUCAUUAACAACUGUAAAUUGUUAUUAAUUGAUUAAUUAAUAAGAUUAUAAAUGAAUCGGUUACUGUAUUCAUAAAUUUGUAUUUUACAUUUUAAAAAUUUAGUCAUUUAUAAUGCAUACAUUAAAAUAAUAUUUUAAUAAAUUAUAGCCAUGUUUUGGUCAAUUAACAAGUUAACUGAUAAGAGUAUCUAUUUGUUAGAGUCAUCUCGAUUCCAGCUUUUUCAAGAAAACUUUUUAGAGCAAUAAUUAAAUACUUCAAAUGACUGACAAAAUGUUAAAAAAAAAUGCUGCUUCUUUUAUUCAUUAAAAUUUAGAAUAAAGCCAUAGUAGUGACCUGAAAGAAUUUCAAAAAAUAUAUCCAGUGUAAUCUGACUAUGAAAUGUUUAUAAACAGAUGUUUAUAAACAGAUAUUACUUAACAUUAUUAGAUUAAAUAUCUAAGUGAAUCACAUGUUAUAUAUAGAACUAUGUAUUUUUUAUUUAUUAUUCAAGGGCACAAAUAGAAAUCGAAACAAUGUAUUUAAAAAUCAUUUCUUAAAUCUGUCUCAUGUAUUAUUUUCAAUGCAUUCAGAUUUUAUUCUUUCAUUUGCAUGUAUUAUGCAUUUCACAACUUGUACUGAGAUCCUAAUAAUGUGAAAUAGGAGAAAUUUUACAAUAUUUUGAAUAGUAGUAGUUGUAAAAUAUUUGAUUCUUACUUGGAGUAGUUUGGAACAUAAUUCUCUGAAACAAUCACCAUUUUUUACAACUGUAAUGGGUAAUGAACAAAGAAAAUAAAACAUAUUUUACAGUGUAAUUAAAACUAUUUAAAUCGCUGUUUUGAUUUGGGGAAUGGGGCAUGAAAAUGAAUCCUGUAUGAAAAGAUGUCAAUAUAUAAAGGUAUUAAAAGAAUAGAACAAAUUGCUAGUUAAUGAAACUGUAUGUGGAACUUUUUGUGAUAUUGAUUAAAAAAAAAAUUUUUUUUAAUAUUAGUAAAAGAAAAGGUGAGCUGAGUAAGACUUUUCACAAUCGUCAUCACAUUAAUAAAGCAUGAAGAUAAGAGGCCAUUCAAAUAUCAGUAUGACUUUAUCAAAAAACUUUACUUAUUAAAUGCAAUGAAAAGACUUACACAUUGUUUUUUAUUUCGUCACCUGCCGCUGCAGAACAUAUUGCAGUGGUUUCAGUGCCCAGGAGGUUUCUAGAUUCUAGAAGAAUAAACCAUUUUAUUUUCAUAUUGGUAUUAUUGCAUAGCAUCAAUAAUGUACUCAUCGAACCUUUUUCACUCAUAAAAAUUUUUAAAGUGGGCCAGUGAGUGAAAGAUUCAUUAUCAAAAAAACACUCACCUCUAAACUGAUUUUUGUCUUGAAUAAAUCUGAGAUGAAAUGACACCUUCACAAGUCAACAAUCCAAUGAUUUACUGCUCGAUAAUAUUGUGAACCUCCUGCCAACCUUUUGAUUACAAUUUAACUGAUUAUGAUAAAAAGAAAUUCAAUUUAGACAUGCUGUAAAUUAUGAUUACAUUAAACUCUUUGUAGGAAUGCUGCAUGAAAACUCUUUAUAUUUGAAUGUUCCUCAGAAAAUGUCAUUUUAAGAUAAAUUUGCUGAUAGUUUUUACAUUUUAAUACUCUAAUUAUCUUUCAUAUAUAUUUGGUAUCUCAUUAAAAUUAUACAUGCAAAUUUACUUUUGCAUGUAUAAUUUUUAAAUAUUUACAAUAGUUUUCCAGUUCUUGCUAUUUAUAAAUUUAAUAAUAAAACUUCAUGUAACUUCCAUUACUUUAUUAUGAUAAGAUAGUUUAUUAUUAAAAAUUUUGGAUAUUUAUUCCAUAUAGUAGUGAAGUCUCAUAUCCUCAGCUCACCCCUACUGCAAACAUAUUUACUGUGAUAACUCAAGCCAGUAAGUUUAAAUCGAUUUUUGUAAUAAUUUUCUAUAAUUGAAAUUUUGUUAUAUUUAAUUGAAAAUAAGUGAAAAUUAUUUUUUAUAGAAUUAGAAACAUGCUACGUAAAGCAAUGAAAAAAUAAAAUUAUUUCUUUCGAUUCAUCAUUUUUUCAGCAAUUAUUCCUCAUAUAUGAGUUUGCUUAUAGGAAAGGGAUUUCCUUCACUAUGCUUUUCGUUGAAUUAUUCUUACUGGCUUUGUGAACAAUGAAUAAAAGAGAAAUAUAACUUAGUAUUUACUCAUGCGUUAACAAAUUGUUUUUAUUACAUGCUAAAGAAACUAUAUCACUACUAUUAAGUGAUCAAAAUGGUAUCUAAAUGUUUAAACUGCACAGAAAAUGAUUUAAGGUCAUUGGACCUUUGAUUAGGUGAUUGUGGUGAAAUGCUUAUGAACUAAAUUUUGUUAGGAAUAUUUCAAUAUAUGAAUUCGAUAUAUUUCCCUACUGAGGCCACUGCUAACUAUAUCCUUCCUUCUGUAGAUAUAUAUAUAUAACAUUUACUCUUCAUAAUACAAAAAAAUUCCAACAUAGAAUUUAAGUUAGGAAAUCAAAUACGUAUUUGACAGACCUGCAUGUUGCAAUCAAGUCUCACUGUUCUGAAUACAUAUGCUCAUAGAAUGUGUGUAUAUACAUACAUAUAUGUAUACAUAAAUAUACAAAUUUAUUUUUAUAUAUUUUUAGCAGCUGUUGUGUUGAUUUUACUAUGUACAGUUUGUGCUUACAGUAAAAGCAUUUAUGUAUAUUGCAAUGUGUUGUAGAUGCAUAUUUGGAUGACUUUGUUAUAUACAAUACUUCCAAAUUAAAAUGUAUCAAGUCAGAUUACUGUCAAAUUUCAAGUUUCAUUUGACAAGUCUGACAGCUGUGUUAUUAAUGUACAAAUAAAAAGUUUAACAAUCAAAA